UCCUUCAUAUCCUUCGAGGAGCAGAGGAACCUGAAAGAGUCCGACCUGAGGGGCAACUUGGAUUUGCUGGACGGGAAGAUUACGAAGAAUGAGAAUGUUUUACUUCAAAUCGGUGUCAUGCAGGACAAGCUAAAGGACUCAGCGACCAACAGGAAGAAGGCUUUGGCAGCUGACUAUCAGCAGAUGCGAGACAUGUUGGCACGAGAGGAGCGUGAAGCUCUGAAUGCAGUGGACCGCGAGCUGGAGAGUGGUCACACUAAACUCAAGGGUCUCGCGAAAAAGUUCACUGAGAACGUUGGCAGUAUGAGCAAAGCCAGAGAAGAGAUCCACAGUCUGCUGAGUCAGUCCCAAACUCUGGCCUUCCUACAGGCUUCAUUUAACCUGCCCCCAGCAUUCACCUUUGAACCUUACACCCCUCGAAUCACCCUGGACUCCAAGAAGGUGACCGCAACACAGGCCUUUGCUGCUCACCUGAAGGAGUAUCUGACAGAGAUCCUUAAACAGCCUAUUGAGGCCAGACUACCCAAACUUAAACCAGAACCUAACACUGACAUUAUUGCAUCUGAUGCAGUUACUGGCUCAGCAACCGCAAGUUCUGGAAGUACUGGAUGUCAGCAAGAAUCUGAAGUAACCAGGCCUCCAAAGCAGAAAAGACAGCCCAGGGCCCACAGUCCAGGUCGUCCACCCAUCAAUCAAUUGGGAUUCCAGCCAUUUCGUAACCCUCCCUAUAUGGAGCAAUCAGGCUGGAAUCCACAUCAGUAUCCACCAGGCUCCUUCAUGGGUCCUCCGUUUAUGGCAGGACAUAGGACAAAGCCACAAUGGACAGGUCCAGUUUCCCAACCCAAAACGGGUCCAAAGAAGAAACCUCAAAAACAAAAACCUCCCCAAGCCACAGAAGACAAUAUGGGGAAAAGGAACCAAUCAAUGGAGGACCUUUUGGCGUUUGAUGGGAAAGACAAAACCAAAGACUGUACUCCUGCAGCUGAAUCCAAAGAGACACCAGAAACCUCGGACAUUCCCCCAAACAUAACAUCAGCUGAAAAAAGAGCCGAACUUCUGAAAUAUGGUACGGUGCUCACUCUGGAUCCAAAGACGGCCCACAAACGCAUUGAACUGAGUGAGGGCUUCACUAAGGCGUCUGUCUCAGAUGAACACACAAACUACCCUGACUGCCCUGAACGCUUCUCCGUCUGCUCCCAGGUGCUAGCCUCCAAGGGUUUCUCUCAAGGACGCCACUACUGGGAAGUCAAACUGAGCAGCAACAACUUCAUUGGCGUCGGCUUGGCUUACAGCAGCAUUGACCGCAAAGGUCCCACCAGUCGACUGGGCCGCAACGCCCAGUCCUGGUGUGUCGAGUGGUUUAACGUCAAGCUGUCAGCUUGGUAUAACAGCAGUGAGACCGUGCUGGUCAAUCCCAAUCCAAAGCGCAUAGGUGUGCUGUUGGAUUGUGAGGAGGGUACUGCUACGUUCUAUAACGUGGCAGACAGGGCAUAUCCCUUCCACUCCUUUGUGUUCCCCUUUGCUGAAGCCGUGUAUCCAGCUUUCUGGAUUUUCUCAAGUGGCUCGUCCGCUUCGUUGUGCAAGCUGCAGGUAUGAGGAGCAGAUGCACAUUGAUGGCAUAUGCAGGCCCACAUAUGUAUAUACUCAGCCCUCUGUUGUAAUCGCGGUCAAUAGUAAAUGAAAGAAAUACUUUGCUAGUUGUAUCUAUAAACCCAGUCUUUAUUUUUAAUUUCAAGAGGCUGGCCGGCUGUACAGUUGCAACUGAAUGGCAAUUUGUGAUGUUGGAAUGAGUCCAGUCAAAUAAUGCUUAUCCACACUAUUGGUGAUUACUGCUGAGUGCCAUUCUGUUAGUUCUGCUUCAAACCAAGAAAAUGAAGGAAUAGAUGGUUGAGGGUAUUCUGCCCAGUCUAAGAUUAUCCACAGACAGCUUGAAGCUUGAAGUCCUUAGCUGUUGUCGUUAGCUCUGCUGUUGAAUUUCUAGUUAUGUGACUCAAAAAAAUGAAGCCGGCUUUUCAAAACAUAGGUAAAGCAAUAGACAAAAUGUGUUCCAGUCUAUACACUGCAUGUUAAGUGAUUAGGACGCACUCAUGUGUCCAAAUUACUUCAUAAUAGUUAUUUAAAAACAAGAUAAAAAUGUGUUUUUAAAGCUUAUAAUGCAUGCAGAUGGAAUACAGACACAAUGCUGUGUUUGAUGGCAAAAGAUGAGCAGGAUGAAUUAUCUUCUCAUUUUCUUUAUUUUUCAUUUCAAUAAACGUAAUUGAAACAGAUAUAUAUAAAUGAAAGACAAGGUAACAAAGGCAGGUGUGCUGUCAGUCACCUUCAGCCAGUUGCCUUGAUGGGAUGAAGCUGGGAGGAGUGGUUGCUGGGUUUCCUUGUGUUGGUUUCAAUGUUCAGAGAUUUGAUCUACUUCCUCCUCUACUGGGAUUAUAACAGCACACAUAAUGCACACUGUACACUAACUGUACCGUAUGUGUGUGCUAGUGUGCAUCCUGUUUUGUAAAUAUGACUGGAUACAGAAGUGAAUUAAUGACGUCACUUUCCAGCAUGUGUCAGUGCAGCGAUUUAGUCUGCAUGUGAAAAAUGAUUGUUUUGGAGUGCACUGGAGCGUUGCUCUUAACGUUAUAGGGCUGGGUGAUGUGGCGAAAAUGUUAUCAAGAUUCUUUUUUCAUAUAUCAGGAUAUGAAUCAUUUCUUGUGACCCUAAAGAUUUCUUACAUUCCCUCAAUCUAUCCGACUUUUGAUACCAAACAAUACUUAACUAACCAUGUUAACGUGACAUAGAAAUAGAAUAGGAGAACAGACAUUGAACUGUUUUUCGUGGUCAUUAAACAAAUUUAGUACAUUAGUACAAAACAAGCUAGCUAACUAGCGUAGCUAGCUGUACGAUAGUUAGCUAGCUAGCCAAUUCCACCAUGCUUUAAUGCUACUCUGUGACAGAAAAUGAGCCAAACAAAGUUGUCACUCAUCUGGCGAUAGCAAUGCGCUACGCUGUUAAUAGACUGUGUGGACCAAGCAUUAAAUUGUUGAAUUUAGCUUAUUUAAUCUGGCUCUUGUAACGUUACUGCUCAUUUUAGUCGUUACUGCUAAACCUCACCUCUUUGUCAAGAUACGCGCCUUUAUCGUUCGCAUCAACUAGCCCUAUAUCGUCACUUCCUUAACUUUCUGACUGAUUUGGCUGAUGAGAAGUCAUAUCGACUGUUUUCAUCAAGUCCAGGCAGUCUCUCUUAUUCUUUUUGAAUAUUUUUUUGGCAUUUUGCCUUUAUUGGUGGAGUUUAUGCCAGGAAAUAAUGCGGGGGGAGGGAGAGAAGAAUAACAUGCAGCAAAUAGUCCUCGGCCAAAUAUGAACCCAGGAUGUGAUGCUUGCAUGGUGUGCACCAUAGAAAUAAAAUGUUACACAAUUUUACAUCUUUGAUGGGCACAUUAAACCAACAAGCCAUCAGACUGCUCUGUUGGCUUUUUCGUAAAGUGGUGGAGGGGUAGUUAGAUAUAUAGAUUCAUGGUGAUUAUUUGUUGGGUGAUACAAAGUUUACCCUGGCUUGUAAGAUGACGCUCCACCACGAACGUGUUCAUCUUGCUAAAAGGUGUGAAACGACAAACUGUAUGGGUGUAAAGCAGCAGAGAUCUGUCUGCACAACAUACGGUAUAUUAACAGUGAAGUUGUUUGAAUAUAGUUUGAUUUGUUCAACUCACCUCACUGCAUUUAAGGGGUUCAGACGACACUGUUGUUUCCGGAGGGACUUUACUGACAACCUGGUAACAGUUCAGACAUGUUGACUGCUGCGCUGAUUUCAUCAGUUAACUGUUGGUUAAGGUUAAAGAUCUCUGGGAGGCAUUUCAGGCAAUGCACUUCAAGCAUGAGAAUAUUUGAAGGUACGAAACAUCACUGCAUGUAAAGUCUGAAACUGUAUCGUGAAAUCUGCUGUUUUCACUAUUUAGUGGUUUGGGACACAUAUAUUUGUGAAACUAUCGAGAGAUUUCCCAUACCACAAUGAGUGUUGCACUGGUUUGCUCUUACCACCAAGCUUUAAACAGCCUAACAGGCACAUCUAGAGUGAAGGAGUUAAAGUUAAUUUCAUGCAACAUGUGACUUAACUGCUUAUGCCUUCUAUUUUGAGCUCGUAAUAUGUAUGGUAGAUCAUCCACAGACUCCAGUAGCUUGCAGAUCAAUGUGUAUGUUUGCUGAUCCUCAACUGAAAUAAAGUUCAUUGUUUUUUUGCAUUUACUAUUUUCAAGGGUUCCAGUACAGUGGAUUUUACCCAAACUGUAUAAAGUUAACUUCUAACCAACCUUUGUGUAAUGAUUCAUGCGUGGUGGUUGUUUUCAGUGUCCCCAACACUGUUGGUAAGUUAAUUUGUAUUGACCAAUUAUUAAUAAAAGAUGUUUCUCUCUCUGA